UUCCGUUAAAACCUCAUCGACCUCAAUUCUCCGAAAGCUCCUCUAGACAAGUAGUGAAUUAAAUCCAAAGUCAACCCUCCUUACCUGAACUCGCCUUCUCUUUGUCAUAAUCUCAUAAUGGCCUCCCGCUUGGCUACUCGUGCCUUCGGGGCUGCCCGUCUGCGACCGUCAAUCGUCCCGCGAUCCGUUCCCGCAAUCACAUCUUUGACUGUGGCCCGACCGGCAUCCAACGUUCCCACCACUACCGAGCCCAAGGCCAAGGCCCAGUCUAUCAUCGAUGCUCUGCCCGGCAACUCGCUCAUCUCCAAGAGUGCCAUCCUAUCCUCCGCUGCCGGUCUAUCCAUAUAUGCCAUCAGCAACGAGUACUACAUCGUCAACGAGGAGUCUGUCGUCGCAUUCUGUCUGCUUAGCGUAUGGGCUGCUAUAAUCAAAUUCGGUGGCCCUAUGUACACCCAAUGGGCUGAGGCGCAAAACGAGAAGAUAAAGGGCAUUCUUAACGCCGCCCGUGUUGACCACACCCAGGCUGUCAAGAACCGCAUUGAGAAUGUUCAGCAGAUGGGAGGUGUCGUUGAAAUUACCAAGGGUCUCUUCGAAGUCUCAAAGGAAACCGCCAAGCUCGAGGCUCAGGCGUACGAGCUCGAACAAUCCACUGCCAUUGCGGCGGAAGCCAAGUCGGUUUUGGAUUCGUGGGUGCGAUAUGAGGGCCAGGUCAAGCAGCGCCAGCAGAAGGAGCUAGCCGAGUCCAUCAUCGCCAAGGUAAAGAAGGAGCUCGAGAACCCCAAAGCUCUUCAGCAAAUCCUACAGCAAAGCAUCGCCGAUGUAGAGAGAAUCGUCUCUGCUAAACCCCAAUAGACAAGACAGCUUUAGACAGAUACUCCAUGAUGGUGCAGAGAGAUAUUUCCUUUGUACCCUCCACCUGUGUUUAUAAACACCCUGUGCAUUAGUCAAAAGAAACCUGCAUUUCAAGCUUCCACAUUGCAGUUUGCUGUGUGAUUUUAGUGUACCUUACAUGGCCAUACGUGCGGUACGGCCCGUUAAGGGUGUUUGAGCAUACUAAAUCUAUCGCUAUGUAUAUAUAUACGAAUGCAGAUAUAAGGUCUCAUACACUUGCCCUUCACACAAGAGAUUGAUUGUAUAGAUAUGUGAGAGAAUACUCUGGCAGUUGCAUGAUA